CCCUUCGGACAACGGCCAUGAGUCCGGUGGCCGCAGCCCUCCCCACCGCCCUCCUGCUGCUCACCCUGCCGCCAGGGGUUCGCGGGGGUCCGUGGGCCGCUUGGAUGCCGCCGUCGCUGGCCGGAAUGUCGGGGGGCUGCGUGGCCAUCCCGUGUCGUUUCGGGUACCCCGAAGAACUUCGUCCCAGCGCCGUUCACGGCCUUUGGUAUUUUGGGAGUCCGUACCCCAAAAAUUACCCUCCGGUCGUAGCUCGGUCGCGAGCGGGAGCCGUUCACGAGAGCUUCGCGGGGCGCGCGGAGCUUUCGGGGGACCCCGGGGUGCGCGAUUGUUCCCUUCGCCUCGGACCCCUCAGCCCCGAACUGGCCGGGAAGUAUUAUUUUCGGGGGGAUUUGGGGGGCUACAAUCAAUACAGCUUCUCGGAACACGCCACCCUCCAAGUGCUCGAAGAACCCAUCCUGGAAGUACCUCCUGAAGUCGUUGCCGGUGAAGAAGUAGAACUUCAAUGUCGCGUUCCGGAUAAUUGCCCCGAACUUCGUCCUCGGAUCCGGUGGGAUGGGACCGAGGACCUCUUGGAGGUCACCGAACGUCAACUACGAGAAGAUGAAAGCGGAGCAGCCACCGUUUGGGCUUUCCUGAAGUUCCGAGUCCGACGAGAAGAUGGAGGACGAAGGUUGGAAUGCAGAGUCACCUUCACCAACAGCACUUUGACCUUCCAGACCUCCACCAGCCUCGACGUCCAAUACUCUCCGCAGGUCCUGGAGGUUUCGGGUCCCGGUGAGGUGGUGGAAGGUUCCCCGGUGGAAUUGGGGUGCGAAGCCGAGGGGCGCCCCCCGCCUUUGCUCUCUUGGUUUCGGGGGAGCACCGUUUUACGGGAAGAACCGGUUUCAACCCGUUUACACCUGGAUUUACCCCGGGUCGAACCGGAUCAAGCCGGAACCUACAGCUGCGUCGCCGAGAACCGCCACGGGCGGCACAACCGCACCGUCGAGCUACACGUGGCCUACGCCCCGCGCUCCCCAAUGCUCAACGGGUCGCUGUGGGUGGUGGCCGGGGACCCGGUGUGGGUGACAUGCGGAGCCGCCAGCCACCCAGCACCCAUCGUCUCGGUGACGCGGGGACGUCGGGUGGUGGCCGUGGCCGUCUAUGAACCCCAAGUGACGAUGACUUUGGAAUCCGCCGCCCCGGAGGACGCCGGCGAAUACCUGUGUCGCGCCGAGAACCAGCACGGAGAGAGCAGCCUCCCCUUCAACCUCACUGUAGAGUACCCCCCUCUCCUCCUCUCCGACUCCCGCUGUACCCCUGGAAGCGACGGCGCUCGUUGCGUCUGUUCGGCGUCAGCAGUUCCGGAACCUUCCGUCACCUUCGAACUUCCAUCUCGCAACGUCACCGUUACCGAAGGUCAUCGGGAUGUGACGGUGACAACUCCGGAACGGGGGACAACGUUUGGGGGUGUCACCGUCACCGCUAUCCUCACCCUCAGGGGGACCCUCGACCCCCGUCUCGCCGUCCUCUGCGCCGCCCGCAACCCCCAUGGAAGCGUCCGCCAACAGCUGCGCUUCCAACAUCCCGGGGGUCUCGUUUGGGCCAAAGUGGGUCCCGUUGGGGCCGUCGUGGCCUUCGCCAUCGUCAUCGCCCUCGUCUGUUACCUCAGCCAGAGCCGCCGCAAGAAGGCGACGGGAAGCCCAGAGGUGACCCAGGUGCCACCCCCGGGAGGGGACCCCGAGGGGAACCCCCUGCAGGGACGGGGUCUGCGGGAGGCGCUGCGGCGGUGGGGGCUGGGGGUGGGGGAGGGGCAGGCCCCGCCCCCCUCUGCUGCCCCUCCCCCCGCCAAAGGCCCCCCCGAACCCCCCGAAUACGCCGAGAUCCGGGGCAAGUGACCCCCAUCCCCCACCCCGGCCUGUCAAUCACCGCCCCGAGGCCACGCCCACAGCCAUCAUGGCCACGCCCACCGUCCGUUGACCACGCCUGUAUCCUCAACGACCGCCCGCGGGCAUCCAUAGCCACGCCCACCAACCGCACGGCCACGCCCACCACCCACGUGUCACAUUUGUCGCCCUCUGACCACGCCCACAAUCCACUAGCCACGCCCACAACAUGCUCUAACACCGCCUACCGUUUCUAGGCCACGCCCACCGCCCCAUAGCCACGCCCACUUCCAUCUUACCACGCCCACCCCCGCUGCAUUAACAUGUUAGCCCCGCCUAUUGCCUCAAGGCCACGCCCACCGUCGUGUGACCACGCCCACUCCGAUCUAGCGCUGCUGUCGCUCCGCCCACCACCUCGUGGCUCCGCCCACUGCCCCAUAGCCCCGCCUUAGAGCCUUUCCCUGUUCCUAUAGAGGCUCCCCUGGGUCCUAGAGCCCCCCCCCGCCCCUUUCCUAUAGGGCUCCCCCACUUCCUCCAGGGGCUCUUCAGGGUCCUAGAGCCCCCCCCGUCUCAUUCCUAUAAGGCCUCCUCAGGGUCCUAGAGCCCCCCCUUUCUGUUCCUAUAGGGGCUCUUCAGGGUCGUAGAU